AUGCUACUUCGCACUGUCGGAGCUAAUCGUUUUCUCUGUUCAUUUUCAUAUUCUCGCUCCAAAUCUUCCUUUUCUUUCCGACCAAUUUCAUCUAUGGCUGAAGAAUUCGUCAAAGGCACCGUUAAUUCUAACGGCGUCGCCGUUCUUACCCUCGAUCGCCCCAAAGCUCUUAACGCCAUGAACCUAGAUAUGGAUGUAAAGUAUAAAAGUUUUCUUGAUGAAUGGGAAUCAGACCCGAAAGUCAAAUGUGUUCUGAUUGAUAGCAGCUCCUCUCGCGCGUUUUGUGCCGGUAUGGAUAUUAAAGGGGUUGUUGCUGAAAUACAGAAGGACAAAAGCACACCUUUAGUGCAGAAGGUCUUCACAGCUGAGUAUUCUUUGAUAUGCAAAAUUUCUGAGUACACGAAACCAUAUAUUAGUUUCAUGGAUGGAAUAACAAUGGGUUUUGGAAUUGGCUUAUCUGGUCAUGGGCGCUAUCGUAUCGUUACAGAGAGAACCGUUCUUGCCAUGCCAGAAAAUGGAAUUGGCUUGUUCCCAGACGUAGGGUUUUCUCACAUAGCAGCUCAAAGUCCAGGAGAAGGAGCUGUUGGUGCUUAUCUUGGAUUGACCGGAAAGAGGAUUUCUACUCCAUCUGAUGCAAUAUAUGUUGGCCUUGGAACACAUUACGUGCCAUCUGGAAAGUUAGGUUCAUUCAAGGAGGCCCUUUUGGCAACACACUUUUCUCAGGAUCCCCAUCAGGACAUCAAAGUACUUUUAGCAAGACACGAGUCAAACCCAGAUUCUGAGGCACACUUGAAGUUGCUUUUACCUCAGAUAGUUUCUUCAUUUGGAGGAAAUAAAUCUGUUUCUGAGACUAUUAAGGAUCUAAAACAACACCAGUCAAGCGCCGACUCCAACGUUUCUGAGUGGGCUAAUGAAGCUCUCCAAGGCCUCGAAAAAGGAGCUCCCUUCUCUCUUUUCUUGACCAAUAAGUACUUCUCUGCAGUUGCCUCUGCAGUAGGAAAAGGCAACGGUGAAUUAUCGACGCUUACUGGCGUAAUGAAAACUGAGUAUCGCAUUGCCUUGAGGUCUUCACUACGACAUGAUUUUGCAGAAGGUGUUCGAGCAGUAUUGAUCGAUAAAGAUCAGAACCCGCAGUGGAAACCAUCGAGGUUGGAGGAAGUUGAUCCGAGUGAGGUUGAAGCUGUCUUUAAACCAUUAGGAGCAGAGGCGAGGGAGUUGUCUGUCUAA